CCAGAAUAAGUCUUCUAGCUUCCGUCCCAAUUCACUACAUUCGGCCCAGACGGUACCGAGCAUUCCAGCAGAAGUUCUAGAUGAUAUAUGCUGGCGAUUUUUGUAUAAUAUACCAGAUAAUGAGAGGAAUGAUUUGAUUCGUACUUGUUUUCAAAUUGAGCAGGCUCACUGGUAUUAUGUGGACUUUUUUUGUAAAGAUAAGGAGUUCAAAAGUCAAUGUCCGGACUUAGGACAGCGGGAUUUUAUGAAGUGUCCCAAGUGCUUCCUCGCGUAUUACGUUCUAGAGAAGUGGCGGUCGUACAAAUCCGUUGUCCCAACUUACGGUGCUAUACUGUUAGAUAGCACUUUGAAUUAUGUUUUACUGAUUCAAGGUUUCUAUGCAAGAAGCAGUUGGGGGUUCCCAAAAGGAAAGUUGAAUGAAGGUGAAGAACCUACUGUUUGUGCAGCUAGAGAAGUAGAAGAAGAAGUUGGGUACGACAUUAGUGAAAAAAUUUCCGAGAAAUUAUUUAUACAAAAGUUCGUCAAUGAAACAUUGGUGCGGCUUUACUUGAUCACAGAUGUUCCUGUCGACUAUCAUUAUGCGCCGAAAACUCGAAAUGAGAUUGGCAAAAUACAGUGGUUUUCUAUAUGGGAUUUGCCAACUGACCGAAAUGACACAAAGACUUCCGAACGUAUUGGUUAUUCACCAAAUAAUUUUUAUACAGCUCUACCUUUCAUUAAUGAUUUACGUGAGUAUGUGAGUAGGCAACAGAAAAAAAGAUUGAAGAAACCGAAAGUAAUAACGCUUGCCUCAAGAUGGGGAAUGGAAAUCAAUGUUACUUAUUCUUUUUCAGAAAGGCUGGAAAGUUUACCUCCGAUCCUUGGUACAUUACUUCCAAACCUGGAGAACAACAGCCUAUCACAACACACGUCUGGGCUAAACAUCACAGGCAGUCAGCGAGAUGUCUCGCCGUCCAGCACUUUUUUCAAACCAGUUUCGAUAGCUCCAUUAACCUUUACCGGUCCAUCUUUUAUGGAACUAGUGCUAUCUAACGUUUCGAAAUCACCGAAUGGUUAG